UCAAAAUAACAACAUCCGUUUUCAAUUAAAAGAAGCUAAUUUCUCUGCAGUUUUCGUCCUUUUGUCCAAGCUAAGUAGGUCAAAAGCUACUGGUCUGGACAAAAUUUCGUCCCGCCUACUUCGAGAGUGCCCUGAUUUAAUAGCGGAAUCUCUUAGCUACAUUUUUAAUCGAUCAAUUGUCUCCGGAGUAUUCCCAGAUGAGUGGAAACACGCUAAAGUUGUCCCAAUACACAAACAAGGGAAACGUAAUUGUCCUGACAAUUAUCGUCCGAUUUCCAUUGUCUCGGUAGUGGCUAAGGUUUUCGAAAGGAUAAUUUAUGAUCAGCUGUAUUUAUUUCUAUCUGAAAAUAGUCUGCUAACUAAUUGUCAGUCGGGAUUUCGUGGUCUACAUUCUACUGUUACCGCCCUUCUUGAGGCCACUAACGAUUGGGCUUAUAAUAUCGAUCAUGGAAGCGUAAAUGCUGUCCUGUUUCUCGACCUCAGGAAGGCGUUUGAUACCGUAGACCACGAGAUUCUUUUAGGAAAACUAAAUUCAUAUGGCAUCAAUGGUGUUGCUGGCAACUGGUUCAGAUCAUAUCUCAGUGAACGGAAACAAAAAUGUUUCGUUAAUGGUCAUUUUUCGACAAAUCGUUUACUCCGUUGCGGAGUUCCCCAGGGAACUAUUCUGGGGCCACUUUUAUUCUUAAUCUAUAUCAAUGAUCUCCCGAAUUGCCUUUCUCACUCACGUGCACGCAUGUAUGCAGAUGACACUCAUUUGACUUACGCAAGUAACGAUAUUGAUGACAUUGAUCAUCACUUCAACGAAGAUCUUGCUAAA